GACCAGCCGGCCUUCCAGGAACGAGCAGGCGCAGAGGGAAGAAAAGGACCACAACAUGCUGAGUGUGAAAGUGUGAACGCGUCCCUGUAGUGAUUUCCAAAUCGCUCAUGCUUUAGCUUUUCGGCCUGUUAGGGUGUGGUCGUGUUUCCGCUGAUCUUUGCUGCGUGUUGGCGCGGUUUGUACGCGCGUCAAACUUGUCAGAGGCGCCUGGAACUGGCGGACGCCAUCUUUAGGACUGCUCAGGGAAGAGUCGAGUCUCCGGGCCACCGUUAGCCCCGCCGGAGUCUCACUGUCCUGGACUGUCUGCUUAAUGCACUUCCAUAAAGUUAGCGACGACCGCGCGGUGUGGAAGUCAACCCAGAGCUCACCCGGAAGCUCUAGACAUCUGACAGUGACUUGACUUAAAACUGCUGUCGUGCUGGAGUCGUACUUUAUGGACUGUUUAUCGAGUUGAAACUCUGAAGACGCUGCACUCGCUGGCUGUCGCAGGGUGUGUAUCUGUAUGAGGCCAUUGUCCUGCAGAUGAGCCAUAUCCGGGGGCUGUUGCGUCGCAGACCCAGAUAAUCCCUGGUGGCUGCGGCCCAGGCCCCGCCCUACCCAGCAUGCCCAACUCUGUUCGAGCGGGGAGUCUGAGGGACCCCGAGAUCGCUGAGCUCUUCUUCAAGGAAGAUCCUGAAAAACUCUUUACUGAUCUCAGAGAGAUCGGCCAUGGCAGCUUUGGGGCAGUUUAUUUCGCACGAGACGUGCGCACCUCAGAGGUGGUGGCUAUCAAAAAAAUGUCCUACAGUGGAAAACAGACCAAUGAGAAAUGGCAAGACAUAAUCAAGGAGGUGAAAUUUCUCCAGAAUAUAAAGCAUCCAAACAGCAUUGAGUAUAAAGGGUGUUACCUGAGAGAACACACAGCAUGGCUGGCAAUGGAGUAUUGUCUGGGUUCUGCUUCAGACAUCCUAGAAGUACACAAAAAGCCAUUGCAAGAAGUGGAAAUAGCAGCAAUUACCCAUGGUGCUCUACAGGGGCUGGCAUAUCUUCACUUCCACAACAUGAUCCACAGAGACAUCAAGGCUGGGAAUAUCCUGCUGACUGAACCAGGCCAAGUGAAACUGGCUGACUUUGGCUCUGCUUCCAUUGUGUCUCCUGCUAACUCAUUUGUGGGAACUCCAUAUUGGAUGGCCCCUGAGGUAAUCCUGGCGAUGGAUGAGGGUCAAUAUGAUGGCAAAGUGGAUGUCUGGUCCUUGGGAAUAACGUGUAUUGAAUUAGCGGAGAGAAAGCCUCCACUUUUCAACAUGAAUGCAAUGAGUGCCUUAUACCAUAUAGCACAGAACGAGAGCCCAACACUGCAGUCAAGUGAAUGGACUGAUUUCUGUAGAAACUUUGUGGACUCCUGCCUACAGAAACUCCCUCAAGAUAGACCUACUUCUGAAGAGCUUUUGCAGCAUGCAUUUGUUGUGCGUGAGCGAGCUGAGUCUGUGCUAAUGGAUCUGAUCCAUCGCACCAAAGAUGCUGUGAGAGAGCUGGACAACCUGCAGUACCGCAGGAUGAAGAAAAUCAUCUUCCCUGAUCCACAAAAUGGGCUCGUGGCAGAGGCUCAGGACGAGGAGGAGGAGCAAGAGCACAGCACAGGGCACACAGGCACAGUGAACAGUGUGGGUAGCAGCCAGUCCAUUCCUAGCAUGUCCAUCAGUGCCAGCUCUCAGAGCAGCUCUGUCAACAGCUUGCCUGAUACUACUGAGGAUAACAAGAGUGAACUGGACCUGCUGGAGGGAGACCACACGGUCAUGUCCAACAGCUCUGUCAUACACCUUAAACCGGAGGAGGAGGUGGAGGAGGAAGAAGAGGGGGAGGAGGAAAGUCAACAGGAGACCCCAGAGAUUCCUACGGAGCCAGCUGAAGAGCAGUCUCCUCCUGCACAGACUCGCCGUCACUACCGUAACAGAGAGCAUUUUGCCACCAUCCGCACAGCCUCACUGGUGACGCGACAAAUUCAGGAACAUGAGCAGAACUCAGAGCUGCGGGAACAAAUAUCUGGGUACAAGAGAAUGCGGCGGCAGCACCAGAAGCAGCUGUUGGCUCUGGAGAACAAGCUCAGGGCAGACCUAGAUGAGCACAGGCUCAAGUUAGACAAGGAGCUGGAGAACCAGAGGAACAGCUUCGCUGCUGAGAUGGACAAACUUGUCAAGAAGCAUCAGGCAGCCUUAGAAAAAGAUGCCAAGAACUUUGCCAAUGAUGAGAAGAAAUUCCAGCAGCAUAUCCAGAGCCAGCAAAAGAAGGAGCUCAACAGCUUCCUCGAGUCUCAGAAACGUGAAUACAAACUACGCAAGGAGCAACUUAAAGAGGAACUAAGUGAGAAUCAAUCUACACCAAAGAAAGAAAAGCAAGAGUGGCUAUCAAAGCAGAAGGAGAACUUGCAGCACUUCCAGGCUGAAGAGGAAGCAAACCUUCAGCGCAAGCAGCGUCAGUACCUGGAUCUUGAGUGCCGAAGGUUCAAACGGCGUAUUCUUGUUGUUCGUCACAAUGUGGAGCAGGACCUGGCAAGAGAGGAGUUAAACAAGCGGCAGACACAAAAGGACCUGGAGCAUGCCAUGCUACUUCGACACCAUGAGUCCAUGCAAGAGCUGGAGUUCAGGCACUUGAGCACCAUUCAAAAGACACGGGCUGAGCUUAUUCGCUUACAGCACCAGACUGAGCUUACCAACCAAAUUGAGUACAACAAACGCAGAGAGAGAGAACUUCGACGCAAGCAUGUCAUGGAGGUCCGCCAGCAGCCCAAAAGCUUGAAGCCCAAAGAGGUUCAGAUCAAGAAGCAGUUUCAAGAAACAUGUAAAAUCCAAACACGGCAAUACAAGGCCCUCAAGAAUCAACUGCUAGAGAGCACACCCAAGGCAGAACACAAAACCAUGCUAAAGAGGCUGAAGGAGGAGCAGACACGCAAACUGGCCAUUCUUGCAGAGCAGUAUGACCAUUCAAUCAAUGACAUGCUCUCAACACAGGCUUUGCGGCUCGAUGAGGCACAGGAGUCUGAGUGUCAGGUAUUGCGGAUGCAGCUGCAACAGGAGCUGGAGCUGCUGAACGCGUAUCAAAGUAAGAUCAAGAUGCAGACGGAGUCACAGCAGGAGCGAGAGAGGAAAGAGCUGGAGCAGAGAGUAUCUUUGCGUAGGGCUCUGCUGGAACAGAAGAUUGAAGAUGAAAUGCAAAUUCUGCAGAAUGAACGCUCUGAGCGUAUCCGCAGCCUGCUGGAGCGUCAAGCUCGAGAAAUUGAGGCCUUUGACUCAGAGAGCAUGCGUCUUGGCUUCAGCAACAUGGUGCUAGCCAACAUUUCCCCUGAGUCACUAAGCAACAGCUUUCCUGGAGCACCAGCCAACUGGCCCAAUCAGCCAAUUCCCAGAGUUCUCAGUGGAGCUGUUGCUCAGGCCCUGGCCAUCAGUACCAGGCAAAUCAGGGAGGAGCACCUGGCCAGCAGGUCUGGGGAGCAUCUGUCUCAGGAGCAGUACCUCCACAGUGGAGCCAUACACCGGGGGGCCUCCUAGGGGCUGUGCCAAAGGGCAGCGGGAGUAUGGUCAUGAAAAACAGCCCACAGGCCCUUAGGAGGACCACGUCAGGGGGGCACAAUGAGCAGAACAUGAGCAGGAGCACCAGCAUCACCUCUCAGAUAUCCAAUGGCUCCCACCUAUCCUACACAUAGACCCCAGAGUACCAGUUCCAGGCCUCCACACACUUGUACAGGUUCAGGGACUGCCAAACUGCAGACAGGCACCUAGAAUCAGCUGAAUGGCACAUCACAUGCUAGUCCUGCCCUGUGUUUUGUCUUUUUGUGUCCUGAUUGAAAGUGUGAGGUAUAGAUAAACAUUGCUCAGGUCAAUAGCUGUUCCAUCUGUGCAUGACGGUUAACUGGCACAUAUGCGGAGCUAGAAUUUGUCUAAUAUUACAACUUACAUGAUGCUCUGUUGAUUUCCGUAAAUCCUUUUAACUGUCUCUGCAAUCCUAAUUAACUGUUUAAAAUGCAUGUAUAUUAUUUGUAAUGAAAACAAAACAUUUUAAACAUUUUGCCUGCCUUUUGAACACCAUAGUGUCAAUUAAGGUCAGAUUUAAGGGGGAUGUAAAAAAGACAGCGACACAUAAGUAUAGUAAUAAUAGACUAAAUGCCAAAAUAAACUUAAAUCAAACAUGUAGAUGCUUCUCAUUCUGCUACAUUGCCAGCCUGUUGUUAUGCCCCAGGUGAAUCCCAUGAAUGUUCCUCUUCAGGUAGAGUGUUAAACUAUAAUUUGUGUUGAAAAAAAGCUAUUGGCUGCUGCGUGGUGUGUAAUAUGAGGCUGAGUGUCGAAAAGUAGUCAGUAAACUUCAGUGUAGAUGUGCAAUCAUAAACCUGUUAGCGGAUUAGAGGAUUUUUAUUUUUAAGAUUUACAUGUUUGAAGAGACAUACUUUUACUGUCAAUAACAGUGAUCUUUUUAAAAUCCAGGCUAAAAUGUUAGUGCCAGCAGGACUAUUUGUCAUCAUUAUAUUUUAAAUAGUAUCUGGAUAUCUAAAAUAUUUGGUUUCCUUCUGGCAUGCCAAACAAAUCUUUCCCAUAAUCCUGUAGAAAGUCUAAAACACAAUAUAGUUUUUUAAAGUUUAAACUGUAUGUUAAAAGUUAUUAAGCACUUUGGAAAACGAGGGAAAUAUUGCGCAUCAUGUCCUUUACAGUUUUACUCCUACAUCUGCUUGUGAAACUGGUUUGUUUUUAUGCUUUUUAAAUCUCAUCUAGCAACAUAUUUAACCAAAGACAUCAGGUUUGUUUUACCUGUUUUGAACUUGAGUGCCUUUUUAAAGCCUUUCCUUGAUUAGUCAUCACAUGACCCUGACAGUUUUACUCUGUCCAGUAAAUUUUGCCAAUUAAAGGAUUAAUUCGAAAUUGUAUUCAAUGGAAGGACGUGAAACAAAACCUGGUGCAAACAUCUUUCAUGCUCCCAUAAGUGUUGCGGCCUGGAAAAUCUUUGCUAUAGUAAAAUUCUGAAAAGGACAGAUUUCCAUAAUUUGAUGUCCCUAAAAGUGAAAAAUAUAUUUAAACAUUCCAGCUGUUUAAAAAGUAUUUAGUUUCUUAAAGUGUCAAUGUGUGUUAGAAUGGUGGAAAAAUAUAUAUUUUGUGGGGUUUUGGUUGUCAGAACGCAGCUACUGUGUAUUCAUCUUAUUAAACUGCAGGGGAGUGUGUUUAUCAGCAGUGUGUGAUGUACGGUUGAAUCUGAAUGCCAUGCUAGAAGAAGGUUGACUUAAAAUGAAUGCAGAGGGUAUGUGCACCUGAACAUGGGUAUUAUUUCUGCCUUAUUCUGUAGACAGUAGUCUGUGGCUCCUUUUUUUUUUUUUUUUUUUUUUAAUGCCAAACAGGAUCACGCUUAUGUUAUGGGAUUUUUUUUUAGCAAAAUGCUUUGACCAUGAAUUUUAAAUACUAUGUUUAGUAUGCCAUUUUUUUACUGUCCCACUAAAGGACAAGCCACAACACUGUCUAAAACACCAAGUAGGGACACAGAGUAAUUGUUACUGCAUUGCCAUGUAUCAGUCCAAAGUUUGUUUAAACCUUUCUGAAUGAAGGACUUGAGGAUUAUUACUGUAUCAAGAGUUCUUAGCAAAGUGGGACAAUGAAAACAUGAUUGUAUGUAAGCUAGCAGUUGCCUCAUAGACUGAAGGACUGCAUGUUGGGAAGAGGGCUGCACUUUGUGUUUUUUAAGGUCAUGACAGCAGGCUUAGCAGUGCAAAUGGGCAGAUCUGUAUGGGAGCAAGCACUCACUCUGAACUAAAAGUCACUAGUUUUAUUUCUUGUGAAUGACAGUCGGAAGAUAAAAAAUCUUUUUUUUUUAUUUAAAAGAUAAAGAGGUGACCAAACACAAGCAGGGAAUAUUAGUGUAUGGUUUUCAUUUUCACUCUUGCUUGGUCUUGUACUCUGUGGAGUAGGUAGUGCUGCCUGGAGCUCUGGGUACAUGAGUAGUGUUGCUGAUGCCCCUGUUAGCCCUUAAUCUCAGACCACCUCCUCCUUCUCCUCCUUGGCUUCACACAAAGCCAAGCUCUGCCUGGAUCAAGUGUUUCAGCUGAUGGAUGAGUGAAUGCACUUUGAAACAAAAUUUGUUUGCUCUUCAAAUCAGUUUUGUUUACACUCUGAAUACGGUGACUAACUGGAUUCAUGGUGAUUGAAUUAUUAUUUUUUUAACCUUUUAAACUGAUACUGAUGCACGCUUUUUGUUUCUUUCUGGUAUGUUUUUUUUUUUUGUAGUGCACUUCUGAGUAAAGUAACUUCUCUUUCUCUUAAGGCAAAACAAAUGAGAUGAGCACUGGUGUUUUUCUGUUUGUUUGUUUAGUUUUGUUUUUAAUUAAAAUCUGAUUUUAUAACCAUAAAUCCUUACUUACUGAAAGGCACCAUCCUUUAAAGACAAUUUUAUUGAUAAAGUUUAUUUAAUUAAUAAUCAAGAUACUUUAAUCCACAUUUGGGUGUUUGUGGAAUGUUCAUAUUGUAUAAUAAGACAAACUAAAGUCAUCUAUGUGCAACCUCUCAUAGGGAAAGAUGCUGAGAUAUAUGAACUGUUUUGAUUUAGGUUUUGCAAUUGGGGAAUUACUCUGGAGGGGUCUCCAGGUUGGAUUUCAGGGAUUUGUGUGUUUUACACUGCACACUUUGUGUUCUCCCAAUUUUAUGAAAGAGUUUAGACUUCAGUUCACAGCACCGAGUCUGCAUGUGUUGUACUCUUCAUGAUUCUUUUUUAUUCUCCAUUGCAUUUAUGAUCCACCUUAAGUGAAAGCCUCCGAAUAUUAUGCUUCCAUUGUACAAGAAAACUGAUAUCUCUUCCCAUAAGCAAAGGCUAUAGUCUUCAACUUUGUUGAAAAGUUAGGUUGUAGACUUAGUUCGGCCAAAUCAGUUUUCUGAUUUAAAUGUUUUGUGUUAUUUUGUGGUUAAAUACAUUAACAUCUUUUGCUUUUCAUGUUUUUGUUUACUUCCAUCAUUUGGAUGAAGCAUUGAUUCCUUUUUUUGUGUAUAUUAUCUUUUGUUAAUUUUAAAGUUUUGUCCUACUGACUAAAUUUAGGGAAUGUGUAAUACUGAUCUAAGAAAUACUGGUAUCAACUGUAUACAUUUAUUUUGCAUUUUAUAUAUGUUGGAGGUUAAACCUCCAAUAAAAUACUGUGCCAUUUCACAGCCACCAAGCUUAGUUACUACUGCAGUGUCUCCACACCAGUAAAAUCAGCAGUGGUUAUUUUACAGAGUUUUGCCACUCUAUUGCCAACAUUGAAGAAAUAAAAUGGAUAAAGGGGCUAUUAAAAGUAGAAAUGGUACAUUUCUGUAAAGAAUUAUGUCAGUAUUCAUUAUUUUCUGGUUGAGCAUCACCACUACAAUUCAUAUGUAAUCUGUAUCAAAAUGUAUAGUUUGUGAAACAUGUUACUGAAUGUCUAAAAGAUUAUGGCUUGAGAUUAUAUUAAAGUAUUCAUAAAUCAGAAAAAAAACAUCUAGGAUUUAAUGAACAAUUUUCCUUGUACUGUAUUGUCUUGAUGAAAGAAUAAUGGAGAGAGGAUUAGCUGUAAUAAAAUAAAAACAUUUUAGUAUAA